AUGUCCAAGGGAAAGGAAAAGGCGUCCGACGAGGCCAUGCCUCCCGUCGGCGAGGCCCAGAUCGACCUGCUACCAUGGGUGGAAAAGUACCGGCCGGCCACGCUCGACGACCUCGUCUCGCACAAGGACAUCACCGGUACCAUCCAAAACUUUAUCGCCAAGAACCGCCUGCCGCACCUCCUCUUCUACGGCCCGCCCGGCACGGGCAAGACAUCGACCAUCCUCGCCAUGGCGCGCAAAAUCUACGGCCCGCAGUUCCGGAACAGCGUGCUCGAGCUCAACGCUUCCGACGAGCGCGGCAUCGAGGUGGUCAGGGAGCAGAUCAAGAGCUUUGCCAGCACGCGCAGCGUCUUUAGCAACAAGGGCGGCUUCAAGCUCAUCGUGCUCGACGAGGCCGACGCCAUGACGCAGGCGGCGCAGGGCGCACUGCGACGAGUCAUCGAGCAGUACACCAAAAACGUGCGCUUCUGCAUCAUCUGCAACUACGUCAACAAGAUCAUCCCGGCCAUCCAGAGUCGAUGCACGAGGUUCCGCUUCAACCCGCUCGAGAUGGAGCAGGUCGAGGGGCGGCUGCAGCACGUCAUCGAGUCGGAAGGGUGCAAGAUCACGGCCGACGGCAAAGAGGCGCUGCUCAAGCUCUCCAAGGGCGACAUGCGGCGCGCGCUCAACAUUCUCCAGGCCUGCCACGCCGCCAACGACACCAUCGACGAGACGGCCGUGUACAACUGCACGGGCAACCCGCACCCUUCGGACGUCAGCGCCGUCCUGACGAGCAUGAUGCAGGACGAGUUCACCACCGCCUACACCAACGUCACCACGCUCAAGACGGCAAAGGGCAUCGCGCUCGCGGACAUGAUUUCGGGCAUCUACGACCUCCUCACCGAGAUCAAGCUGCCGAGGCAGUCGAGGGUCUACCUCUUGGAGCACCUCGCCAACACCGAACACCGGCUGAGCACGGGCGGUUCGGAAAAGCUGCAGCUCACCGCGCUCCUAGGCGCCGUCAAGGUGGCCAUGGACCUGGCCAAGCCCAAGUGA